CGCAUGUCUGCUGUUGUGACGUCAGGAGCUCGGUGCUUGUCGGAACGCGACGGGUUGGAUUUUCCCCGCGAAAGGGAGGUGGGAGGCGCGAGCCCCGGGUUGGAAUUGGGCGGGAGACCCGCAGGUAGCCGCGCGCCCCUUCCCGCGGCCACUGGAGUGGGGACUGUUGAGGAUAGAACGUUGGGGGCCAACGACCGCGCGCAGCCCCUGUGGGGCAGAAAUGGCGGGAAAAGGGGCUGCUGCUCACCCGCUCCUUCCCCUCUUCCAACGCCCCCUGCGUUUCUCUCUGCCAGCUGCCCCUCCCCCUCUCAGCGCCCCUCCAGCCACCUGCUCCUCCAGCCACGCGCCCGCACCUGACCCUCAAUCCAGCCACCCGCUCCCCAAACGGCUCCCCCACUGCCAGGCCGACUCCUAGUCUGGUCCAGUGAAUCCAGCCUCUAGCAAUGACCCUGUGGCUUCCCAGGGGGCAGGGGCCCCUCUGCGCCGUGCCCUGGCCCCUGGCUUGGGCUGAGCAGUGGGAACUGGGCUCAGUGUCUAGGCAGGUGGUUUCACCUUCCUGUCUGUGCUGCAGGCUAAUGCUUGCCCUGCUCUUUCCCAGGUUAAGGUCUUGGGCCAGCUCGGGGGCCUCUCACCUCUGUCCCCUUUUCUGCCUGCAGCUGGAGCCACCAUGGUGGAGGGGCGCUGAGCAAUCGCUGGUGUUUGGCUCACAGGUCCCAGAGCAACUGACGUGCCAGAAGGGCUUUGCAUUUGCCUGACCUGCAGCGGCAGCUCCCCCCACCCCCCAAAAUGCAGCGCCCCAUCACGUCAUUUUUCCAGCCCAUGAAGGCUGUGAAAGAGGAAGAGAAGAUUGGACUGCCAGCAGAGGAGGACUCAACCAGCCAGCUGUCAGAGGCAGCUGUGAUGCAGAGAAAUGGCCUGAGUCUCUGCAUGGACUCCCCAGUGAAAUCCGCUGCCAAGAGGCCCCUGCGCCGGGUCUUGGAGAGUGACAGUGAUGAGGAGGAGGCCAUGCUGACAGCCCGAGCAGAGAUGGAGCCCAUACAGGACAAAAGCUUAGAGAGAGCCAGCAGCAAGCAGGAGCCUAUGCAAACUCCUCAGUCUGAUAUCUCUGCGGAUAGCCCCUCACCAAGCAGUAGCCACUCCGCUGGAGACAGCCCAGCCCUUUCUGACUCCCCUGCCAUCGGCCAUGCUGGCAUCCCCAGACGCAGGACCGCUCGCAAACAGAUCCCCAAACGCAAAAUAGAGCUGUCAACUAGCAGGGAGAACAACAGGCAUGAGGAGCCAAGUGCCAAGAGAUGCCGGGAAGAGCAAGGCCCAGGAGAUGAGGCAGGCAGGGGAGUAAAGGAAGAAGCAGCCAUGGAAAUGCAAGAGGUGAAAGAACUGACUGAAGUUAAUGGCACUUUGGAGGAGGGGGCUGUGAACAAGGGAGAAGACGACUGCGCUGGAGGGGGAGCCCAGGAGAAGCCUGAGGCACCCAAGUCCAGCAGAGCCAUCUCCAGCUUCUUUGCCCCCAAGAAGGUGCCAGAGGCAAAGGCAGGGAAGGCAGAUGAACAUGCAGCAGUGGAGAUACCACCUCCCCCAACUGGCUCAGCCACAGUGAGCAGCAAUGGGAGUGAUGGCACAGCUGGCAGUUUCUCCAAGCCAGUUGUGCCACUGGACCCUAUGGAGUACAAUCCUUCGAAGAGCAGCUACCACCCUGUCCAGGACGCCUGCUGGGGGCAUGGUCAGAGGGUCCCCUACCUGGCUGUGGCUCGGACCUUUGAGCGGAUUGAGGAGGUGUCUGCCCGGCUGAAGAACAUUGAGACCCUGAGCAACCUCUUCCGCUCAGUGAUCGCCCUGUCACCAUCUGACAUUCUGCCCUGCAUCUACCUGUGUCUGAACCGCCUGGGCCCUGCCUACAAGGGGCUGGAGCUGGGCAUCGGCGAGACCAUCCUCAUGAAGGCUGUUGCACAGGCAACGGGCCGCCAGCUGGAUCAGAUCAAAGCCGAGGCCCAGGAGAAGGGGGAUCUGGGCUUAGUAGCUGAGAGCAGCCGUAGCAACCAGCGCACCAUGUUCACACCACCCAAGCUGAGUGCUGCCGGGGUCUUCAGCAAGCUACAAGAGAUUGCCAGGAUGACAGGCAGUGCUUCCAUGAACAAGAAGAUUGACAUCAUCAAAGGACUGUUUGUGGCCUGCCGGCACUCGGAAGCUCGCUACAUCACUCGGUCCCUGGGCGGGAAGCUUCGGAUUGGGCUGGCAGAGCAGUCAGUACUGUCAGCCAUUGCCCAUGCUGUGUCUCUUACUCCCCCGGGACAAGGUUUUCCUCCAGAGGUGCUGGAUGCUGGCCAGGGCAAAUCUGCAGAGGCACGCAAAGCCUGGCUGGAGGAGCAGACCCAGAUCCUCAAGCAGACCUUCUGUGAGUUGCCUAGCUAUGACAUCAUAGUUCCCAUCCUGCUGGAGCAUGGAGUGGAGAGCCUGCCACAGCACUGCAAGAUCACCCCAGGGAUCCCGCUGAAGCCUAUGCUGGCCCAGCCUACCAAGGGCAUUGGGGAGGUGCUGAAGCGCUUUGAGGAGGCUGCCUUCACCUGCGAGUACAAGUACGACGGAGAGCGAGCCCAGAUCCACAUUUUGGAGAAUGGGGAUGUGCACAUCUACAGCCGCAACCAGGAGGACAACACUUCCAAAUACCCUGACAUCAUCAGCCGCAUCCCCAAGGUGAAGAAGGGCAGUGUGCAGUCGUGUAUCCUGGAUGCUGAGGCCGUGGCCUGGGACCCUGAGAAGAGGCAGAUUCAACCCUUCCAGGUCCUGACCACGCGGAAGCGCAAGGACGUGGAAGCUGCUGAGAUCAAAGUGCAGGUGUGUCUGUAUGCCUUCGACAUUCUGUACCUCAAUGGGGAGUCCCUAGUGAAGGAACCAUUCUCCAGGCGCCGUCAGCUGCUGCACGAGUCUUUUGUGGAGACGGAGGGGGAGUUCCUGUUUGCCACCUCCAUGGAUACCUGCAGCCUGGACGAGAUCUCUGAAUUUCUUGACCAGUCCAUCAAAGACUCCUGCGAGGGCCUCAUGGUCAAGACCUUGGAGGUGGAUGCCACGUACGAGAUCGCCAAGAGAUCCCACAAGUGGCUGAAGCUGAAGAAGGAUUACCUGGAAGGUGUCGGUGACACUCUGGACUUGGUGGUGAUUGGUGCCUAUCUGGGCAAGGGCAAGCGAGUAGGCAUGUAUGGUGGCUUCCUGAUGGCUUGCUAUGAUGAGGAGAGUGAGGAAUACCAGAGCAUCUGCAAGAUCGGGACUGGCUUCACAGAGGAAAGCCUGGAGAAGCAUUACAGCUUCCUGAAGGAUCAUGUGCUAGAGAAGCCACGGCCCUAUUACCGCUGGGACAGCAGCACUGAGCCGAACCACUGGCUGGCAGCUGUGCAGGUGUGGGAAGUGAAGUGUGCUGACCUGUCCAUCUCGCCUGUGCACAAGGCAGCUAUAGGCCUGGUGGAUGAGGAGAAAGGCAUCUCCCUGCGCUUUCCCCGGUUCCUGCGUGUGCGUGAUGACAAGAAGCCUGAGGAAGCCACCACCAGUUCCCAGGUGGCUGAGCUCUACAGGCAGCAGCAGCAGAUUCAGAACCAGCAGCUUGUGGAGAAGGCUGAGGAGGAGGACUUCUACUAGUGCUGGUGUGGGGAGCCCAGGAGGGGGUAGGAGAACCCCUGUGGCUGCCAGGGCAUGGAUGAGGAGUGCCAUAGGCUCCCUGCCUCUGGCACCCUUCCCUAGGUGCCCUGAGUCCCUGGAGGGAAGGGACAUACUGGCCUAAGGCAGUGGUAUCUGUUCAGUUGUAAUGAGCAUUGUUGUAUACAAUAAACCUUCAUCUCCUUAGCCA